AUGGUGCAAAAAAGAAUGGAGGGUGUCACCGCGCUUCACAUCGCGGUCCGUGACAGGAACAUGGCGAUGGUGGAGUACCUGCUGACCCAUCCGGACAUCGAUCCGGGCGACUCGCACCUCCACGCCAUUAGGGAAAACGAGAUAAAGAUCGCCACGGUUAUUCUGAACAAGCUGAACGAGCUGUCACCUGGGCUGGAGUACGCCGGGGUGACGCAGAGCGCCGAUUUUCCGGACGACACGACGCCGCUGGCUGUUGCGGCCCAAUAUGGCCACUUCGAGAUGAUCAGCGUGCUACGGACCAGACAGCAUCUCCUGCACAAGCCGCAUCCGCCUAGUUGUAACUGCCAGGACGUGUGCAAAUUCGAACGGGAGAGGCACGACCUGCUGACGGCGGAGAAGAUGCGAAUAUUCUCGUACAAGGCUAUCUCAAAUCCUGCGUACAUUUGUCAGACGGUUGACGACCCGAUCAUGGAGGCGUUCAAUCUGUCGUACGAACUGAGGCAGGCGGCUUCGUUCGAUAGGGAAUUUUAUUACGACUACAAGAAUCUGGCCGAGAGCGUCAUGCAGUUCGCCACCGAUCUGCUCGGUUGCGCCAGGACCGCGGACGAGGUGGAAGUGAUCCUGAAACAGACCACGGGAUUUGCUCACUCGUCCAAGUUCAUUUACCCGAGGCUGUUGUUCGCGUUGCACAACAGGCAGAGGUCCUUCGUGGCUCAUCCCAACGUACAGCAAGUGAUUACGAGUAAGUGGAUCGAAGGAUGGUACGAGUGGAAGAUCAUGGGGCGAUGGAUGAAGUGCAUGAUCGUGAUAAUGCGAAUCUUCAUACUACCAGUGAUCCUGACGGUUAUUUUGAUCGCUCCGAACUCGAAGUGGUCGAAAUUCUGGCAGUCGCCUGUCAACAAGUUCAUCUCGUUCACAGCCAGCUAUUUGGUCUUCCUCCUCAUCGUUUUCCUUCAGUCGAAUACGGAUAAAACCGAGCAACUUCGUGGACCGCCUAACUCCAUAUACGUUUGGUUAUUAAUAAUCUACGUCACGUCGUUCGCCUGGGCGUUGAUUCGGCUCUGCAUAAUACACGGCCCGAAAAGGUUCUUCAUGGGACCUUGGUACUGGUUCGAGACGAUCAUGAUAUUCCUCUUUAUUUUGACCUUCCUGUAUUGGAUAACUGCCGCGUUGGACGUGAGGGUAAAUGGACAGCUCGAAUUGGAGAGAAAAUAUUGGAACAAGUACGAUCCCACAUUGAUUGCAGAAGGAAUUUACUGCCUGGCCACGAUAAUGGCCUUUCUGAAAUUGUUGUACAUCUGUCAGCUGGACUAUCACCUGGGUCCUCUUCAACUUUCUCUGGGCAAAAUGAUCAAGGACGUUGUCAAAUUCAUCAUCCUCCUCAGCAUAAUCAUGCUGGCAUUUACCGCGGGCACAUGUAGACUUUAUCAGUACUACGAGGACAUGGUGCAAAUCGACGACGAAUCCAAGAUCAAGACCCAACAGCUGAGCUCGUUCGUCAGUUUCUCCUCAGCUUUGAAGACAUUUUUCUGGGCGCUUUUUUGCAUGAGCCCUAUCGAAAGCGCUGAUGUGAUCAUUGAGAACCUUCCGGGGGAAUCUGAGAACGAGACCGUCAUUAAUCAUCACACAUUUACGGAGAUCAUUGGCUACAUAUCGUUCGCUGGAUUCACGUUCAUUGGCGUAAUCGUGAUUCUGAACAUGUUGAUCGCGUGCAUGUCCAACACAUUAACGACAGUCACGGAGAAUGUGAUCGUGGAAUGGACGUUUGGUCGAACUGAGACUUACGUCGACUUCAUGCUCACAACCACGCUGCCGCCGCCAUUCAACAUUAUUCCAACAUACGUCGGUAUCCAGCCAGUGAUAGAGUACUUGAAAAUUUGGCUUAAGCCACCUCCAAACAAGCGUGCACGAUGGGACCCUCAUCACUGUUGUUACAUUGAAACCCUGGAGGAGAAUAACAACGUCGAGUUCCCCCUGGUGAUGACGCAGCUGGUACAGCGUUACUUCCGAAAGAAGGACAAAGAGAUCGAAGAGAACGAGGUGGACAGGUUAACCAAAGAGAUCGUGGAUCUAAGAAACCUUCUGAGAGACGCACUCACCUCCGUCUGA